CAUGUGCGCAUGCGUGGUGUCGUUGCCAGGAACUGGCCUGGCUACUGUUCCUGCUGCCGCUGGUGGCGCGGCGGGCUGAGGAGGUCUGUGUCGGGCAAGGCGGCGGCAGCAGCUCAGGGACCCCGAGGGUGAAGCUGAUGCCUUGCGGGGCCGAGCGCUGCUGCUCGUGGCUGAGUCUUCCCCACCCGGCUGGGGAUGCUGAGUAAAGGGACGCUGCAGCGCCUGCUGUCUGCCAUCAAUAGGAGACGGAGGAUGAAGCUGUUGAUGGGGCUCGCUCUGGUCGCCUAUGUCGUCUCUGUAUGGGGAAAUGUGCUCAACAUGAGCAGGUUUAUCCAGGAUAAUGGGGAUCAAAAAGUAGAAAAUAAAAUUGAAGAGGUUAUUGCACCUCUAAGGGAAAAGAUCCGAGAAUUAGAGAAAAGUUUUACUCAGAAGUACCCACCAGUGAAGUUCUUAUCAGAAAAGGACCGUAAAAGAAUUUUGAUAACUGGAGGAGCAGGGUUUGUGGGUUCUCAUCUUACUGACAAACUAAUGAUGGAUGGCCAUGAAGUUACAGUUGUGGACAACUUCUUUACGGGCAGGAAAAGAAACGUGGAACACUGGAUUGGCCACGAGAACUUUGAACUGAUUAAUCAUGAUGUCGUAGAGCCCCUGUACAUUGAAGUGGACCAGAUUUAUCAUUUGGCUUCUCCAGCUUCUCCUCCAAAUUAUAUGUAUAAUCCCAUAAAGACAUUAAAGACAAACACAAUUGGAACAUUAAAUAUGUUAGGUUUAGCAAAACGUGUUGGAGCCCGUCUUCUCCUUGCAUCCACUUCUGAAGUGUAUGGAGAUCCUGAAGUUCACCCACAAAAUGAAGAUUACUGGGGUCAUGUGAAUCCUAUAGGACCUAGAGCAUGUUAUGAUGAAGGAAAGAGAGUUGCUGAAACCAUGUGCUAUGCCUAUAUGAAGCAGGAAGGUGUUGAAGUAAGAGUUGCCCGAAUCUUCAAUACAUUUGGUCCCCGGAUGCACAUGAAUGAUGGCAGAGUUGUUAGUAACUUUAUCUUGCAAGCUCUUCAAGGAGAACCCUUAACUGUAUAUGGGCCUGGCACUCAAACCAGAGCAUUCCAGUAUGUCAGUGACCUUGUGAAUGGGCUCGUGGCCUUAAUGAAUAGCAACGUUAGCAGUCCUGUUAACUUGGGGAAUCCAGAGGAACAUUCUAUUCUAGAAUUUGCCCAGUUAAUUAAAAAGCUUGUGGGCAGUGGAAGUGAAAUCCAGUUUCUGUCAGAAGCCCAAGAUGAUCCUCAAAAAAGGAAGCCAGAUAUCAAGAAAGCCAAAUUAUUGCUUGGUUGGGAACCUGUGGUUCCAUUGGAAGAAGGUUUAAAUAAAGCAAUUCAUUAUUUUCGGAAAGAACUGGAAUAUCAAGCAAAUAACCAAUAUAUUCCUAAACCAAAACCUGCUAGGAUAAAAAAAGGAAGAAGCAGACAUAACUAAAAAUUCAAUUGGACAAGAAAUGACAUUUCUUACCUUGAAUUUGAGAAGAUGUCAUAUGUCUUUUGGUAAAGACUUCAGAACAGGUAUCAUGAAGAAAAAAAAACUGGAAUUUCACUCUGAAGCUUGCUUUAAAGAAGUGGAUGUGCCUCAACAAGAAAACUGCAGUUCUUGCCUUGCACUUUUUAAAUCUGUCUUUUUAUGUAAAAUAGAUGCAUCCUUUUUUAGUAUCUUCAGGUUUUAUAUCUUGCUGUGAGAUCAUUUGUUAUAACUGUCCUUGACAGUUUUAUUUACUGGUUUCUUUGUGAAGCUGCGCAUAUGAUAAGAAGGGCAGAUUUGCCAAUUUAUUUAUAAAAUGGGUACUUUAAAUGAGAGAGACUAUGCAUAAAGAAAAACAAAGUAGCAGUAUUGUCAGAUGACAAACACUGGCAUUUAGAAAAUAUCUGUACAAGAGUUUUAUGUAUUCUUUAAACCCAUUCCCCUCCCCCAUCCAACAUUUAGUUCUAGUUGCACACUUGAAUUUGAACUAUUUCCACUGAUAAAUGCUAUUUUAAAUCACUACUGUAUUGUGCAUACUCUGGGCAAAAGUUAAUGUAUUAUUGGCUACCAGUGGUUGAAUAUGCUAUUUUAAUAAAACACUGAACCUUACAGAUUUAAGUAAAAAAAAGUCUGUGGUUGUGGACAUAUUAUUAUACAGUUAUAGCAGACUGAUGUAACAUCUGCCUCUGAGUAACUGAUUCUUUUAAACAAUAUUAUGUAAGUUUUUAGAUAGGAUACCUUUUGAUGAAUACAGUUCAAUUACAAAUAAUCCUGUGGAGUUAAAUUAAAAAUCAAGUAGAACUGGUAGUGGGUUUCAAUUUUGGCCGCUACUGGUUAACACGUGGGUGCGCUCGCAACACUUCUGCGCAUGCGCAGAGACAUCCAGGAGGGAGGGUGGAGCUUCCCGCCACCAUCGGUUCACCCAAUCUGGGGCGAACCGGUAACAGCCCACCACUGAGUAGAACCAUACAGGUAGUCCUCAACCUAUGAUCACAAUUGGCGUCACAAGUUCCAUUGCCUAGCAAGAUAGUUGUUAAGUGAGCCAUGCCCAAUAUUACAACCAUUUCUGCCACAGUUGUUAAGCAGAUUACUUGCAGUCAUUAAGCAUACCAUUGAUCAGUGAAUCCAGCUUCUCCCGUUGACUUUGUCAGAAACUAGCUGGGUAGGUCACAAGGGAUGAUCAUAUGACCCCAGGAUGCUGCCAUCAUUGUAAACCCAUGCCAGUAGCCAAGUGACCAGAUUUUAAUCAUGUGACUACGGGGAUGCUGUGACUGUUACAAGUGUAAGGACUGCUUGUAAACCACUUUUUUGAAUGUGUUGUAAUUUCAAAGGGUAGCUAAAGGAAAGGCUGUACAUUGAGGACUUCCUGUAUGGAUAAAAUUCAGUGAACGACUUCUGCUCCCGUCUGUGGAAUGCAGAAUCUUCUGUCUGCUCUCAAAGCCCGGUCUGGGUUGUGCGGGAUCUUAAAGAAUACAAAUUUUUUUUUUUUCAUUUAUAUCCCGCCCUUCUCCGAAGACUCAGGGCGGCUUACAUUGUGUUAAGCAAUACAAAUCAAACUGGGAAGGAGAAAGACGAGGAAAUAUGGAUAAUGUCUCUUUUCUGUUCUAUAAAUUAUAUUGCUAUUUCCAGUAGUAAUCUACUUUUAGCAAAAAAAAAAAAAAAACCAACAACGAAGAAUCAGGGCCACUUCCACAAAAAUUUUAACUAAUUUUAACUAGGGCCUCUGGUGGCUCAGACUGCUAAGACAGUCUGUUAUUAACACAGCUGCUUGCAAUUACUGCAGGUUCAAGUCCCACCAGGCCCAAGGUUGACUCAGCCUUCCAUCCUUUAUAAGGUAGGUAAAGGUAGAUAAAAUGAGGACCCAGAUUGUUGGGGGCAAUAAGUUGACUUUGUAUAUAAUAUACAAAUGGAUGAAGACUAUUGCUUAACAUAGUGUAAGCCGCCCUGAGUCUUCGGAGAAGGGCGGGAUAUAAAUGCAAAUAAAAAUAAUAAUAAUGUAAAACCUCUGGUCACAACCAUAAUUUGUUCCAUAACUUUGGUCGCAAACCUAAUUUUGGAAAUUUAAUCCUUACCCCCCCCCCCCAAAAAAAAAAAUGGUGCAGAAGGGGAAAUUGGCCAUGGAAGAAUGUGCAUUUUUUGGUCGGAACCCAAUUUUAUCAGCGUUCAUGACCAGAGGUUCUACUGUAUUGUUAAUAUUGACAUACCUGAAUCAAACAUUCCUACAGAAACAACAGCAUCCUGUUUUCUUUAAAAGGGAAAUGAUUUGGAAUCUUAAUCCUAUUACAAGUUUUUCAUCUUUUAAUACUGCAAAAAAUUUGAAAUGUAUAGGAGUGUAGACAGCCAGCCAACUUGUGCUGUCUUACAGGAAAGCUACAGUAACAGUUUACAGUCAUCAUCACAACAGUGUAGAGAGAAAAUCGUGUGUGUUAUCUCCAAGCCUUUGCAACAAUACUUAAUGUAAAACAAAGGAGAAAACUCUUUUGAUGAUUUGAGAAAACAAUUCAGUGUUUUUAAAGGAGCAAAAGUGAUAGUUCACAGAGUUCUAGCAUUGGGGUAGUGGCAACAUGAUCUGAGGUCGGGAAUAGGGAAUGUUAUCAUCGGUUCUUUGUCAUGGACAGACCAUUCCUUCUUGACCCUGAAGUUCUCUAUAAGCGGCCCCCUCUGCAGGGAAGAGGGAUCUAUUGAAUUGGAUGGCCUCAGGAAACUGAUGGGUUUCAAAGGGAACUUGAGGUUAUUCCUGAAGGUGUAACUAUGGAGAUUCUUAGUCAUCCAAGUCACGGUUGUCUCAAAGGUGCUUUUUCCCCCCCAAAAGGCCACUGGAUUAUGUUUUUUUCUUGAGACAAAGAUGACGUUGGUGCAUGGUUCAGCCAGGGCUUUAGUUACAAACUGAAAUGAGCAUUUAAGAAGACUGAAUCGCUACUCUAUGAUUGUGUGGCCUCUGUGAUUGUGGCUCCUCUAGAUUCUUUUAGUUUGUCAGGGGUCUUCAGGAGAUAUAGUGGCACGAGAGCACUGCUGGAGGAAUACAAGUCAACACAGGAAGGACUCUUUAUUAAGACAAAAUGAGCUCACUUCUUUACUCUUAUUGUAUCUGCAUACAGACAACCAGCAGCUUUAUUCUAGACUCACUAGACUCCUUCUAGGUAAGUAGCACCCGU